UGUAAGAGAAUAGAACAGGGAUACAAUACCUAGGUCAUCACUCACAUUUGUGUUCAGGUAUUAGUCACCCAAUAAGAGGACACUUAUUAUAAGGAAAUAAAUCAUUGGAAUGCGAAACACAUGUCCACUGAUUGUGUAAUCGGCACACUGGAUGUGAAUUUGAGUGGAUGGAGUGGAGUUGUUUCUGUAAAGUCAUUUGCUCAACCUCCACGCAAUAACGGUCAAUAUCUGUUUUGGCGAAGAAGAUACAACGGAUUAUGCAGAUCUCUAGAUCAAAGAUACAGUAUGACAUUCCUGACGAUUUUGUGCACUGCCGCUAUGGUAAUGUCUUUUAAAGCUGCCCCAUGCAGUAAUAACCAGCACUGUUCAGACUGUGACGAUACAACGGAUCACUGCCUCACAGACUGCGACAUUGGGUAUUAUGACCUGAAAUGUAGUACUCGUUGCAGCAGAAAAUGUAAAAAAAAAAGAUGCAAACUUUCAGUCAAUGGGAUUGGGGUUUGUACUGAGGGUUGUGCCAUGGGAUAUUACGGCAAGACCUGCGACAUACCAUGUGACAGUCCAGGAGGUAACUGUACAGCAUGUCCAGAUGGGUGUGAUGGAGGAUAUUGUCAGCUGGGCUCCUCCUGUGUGUCUGGGUGUGUAGACUCCUACUAUGGGACUGACUGUAAGACGUGUUCAAGUAGAUGUAAAUCCUGCAACAGGAUCACCGGAACGUGUGACGAAUGCCAACUACAAUAUUUCGGAAAGGAUUGUGAAUAUUCAUGUAGGAACUGUAUAAAACAAUGUAGAUAUGGGUGCCGAGAUGGCUGUUUACAAGGAUAUUAUGGUAUUGUCUGUACGGAGACUUGCAAUGAAAACUGUCGAGGGGCAAACCCUAAGGUCAAUCAGGCUAUGGGAAUACAGGCUUUAACAAGCGUCCGAAAUGAAUGUCAUCAGCAGAACGGUGAUUGUACUCAUGGAUGUAAAGACGGCUGGCAUGGUCGGCAGUGCUCCUUUCCAUGCAGUUCGAAAUGUCAGAAUAGGAGAUGCAAUGUUUCUGGAGACUGUGAAGAUGGCUGUGCACCUGGAUAUUUCAGUACACAUUGCGAACCAUGUCCAGUCAACUGUGCAAACAAUUCUUGUAACUCAUACCAAGGACAUUGUCAAAGUGGAUGUAUGGACGGAUUUUAUGGGGAAAUGUGUGACAGAACUUGCGACGUAUGUCUUGAUGGUGCUUGUGAUCAGAUGACUGGAACAUGCAUUAGAGGCUGCAACGUCACGAAGAGAAGAUGUACUACGCCAGUCAGCUGUACAAAUAAUUGUUCAAUAAACUGGUGUAUGGUGGACUCAUGUGCAGAUACAUUGGAGAUCAGAGAUAUGAAAAUAGGACUGUCUGUAGCAUUAACGACAUUGCUCAUUGGAAUAUUGUUGGCAGUGUUCCUGUUCCUGUUUUGCCGUAAACGCUUGAGCCCUAACAGAGAGCCCCAAGGACAUGCUACAGGACAGGUUGUUGCAUACAGUACGGGGUACAGUACGUUACACAGGUACUGGGAGAUAAGGGAUGAAGACGUGAACAUGCAUUGUGAGCCCCCAGUCUUGAACGAAGAGGAACCAGAACAAGACGCGGAUAUGGACAUGCCAGUCCAGGUAGAAGUACUUCACAAUGACUUGGCACUCAGCACUCCAUCUCGUUCUCCAACUCCGUCUCUUAGUUCUCAUGAGGAUCCCGAGUCAUACUCUCAUCUCGAAAGGGACGACAAUGACCCAGUUGCCGCCGAGAGCUACAUUACACCAGUCGAGGACAUACCAGAAACUCGAUUUAAGGAUCUUGCCUGAAUAUGGACUGUGCAAUUACCUUAGUCUGCCAAAUGCUGCUUCUAAUCAGUUAUUAUUUUAAUUACUGGCUUAGAGUCUUUAGAAAAAUUGCUUUUAUAUAUGUAUAUAUCAAGGGAUUUACCAUUUGUUAUAGAAAAUAUCUGAUCCGUGAAAUACGAAGAAAACACUGUUCACAUUUUGGAUAACAUAUACUCUUCAAAAAAAAGAAACUUGACACUGACUUUCAAAAUGUAACAUAAUGCGAUUGUUUCA